CAACACAUUGAAAACCUCCAGAGGUAGUGAGCGGCGAGGCGCAGCGCAGCGCAGCGCAUCGGCCGCCAUUGCUUUGCUGCGCUGUCUCCGUCUCCGUUCUCCGUCUCCGUAGUAGAUAUUGGCGAAUUGCUAUCCUCUGUGGCCCGUGACCGUUUUUCGCCUCCGCAGGCAGACUCCUUUCUAGCUUCAUCUCGGCCUUGACGGCCGUGUUCGAAAAAAUCAGCGAAAAUGGUUAAGUUUACGGUGGAUCAGCUCCGCGGUAUCAUGGACAAGAAGAACAAUAUCAGGAACAUGUCCGUGAUUGCCCACGUCGAUCAUGGGAAAUCGACUCUUACGGACUCGCUUGUGGCGGCGGCUGGUAUUAUUGCGGCGGAGUCUGCCGGCGAUGUUCGGCUAACCGACACUAGAGCUGAUGAAGCGGAGCGAGGCAUUACGAUCAAGAGUACGGGAAUCUCGCUGUACUACGAGAUGGCCGACGAAGCGCUCAAGGCUUACACCGGUCAACGUGACGGUAAUGAGUACCUUAUCAAUCUUGUUGACUCCCCCGGACACGUCGACUUUUCGUCCGAGGUGACAGCUGCCCUUCGUAUCACGGAUGGAGCCUUGGUGGUCGUGGACUGCGUGGAGGGAGUGUGUGUGCAGACCGAGACCGUGCUUCGGCAAGCUCUGGGUGAACGUAUCCGCCCCGUGCUGACUGUGAACAAGCUGGACCGAUGUUUCCUUGAGCUUCAGCUGGAGGGGGAGGAAGCUUAUCAGACCUACCUGCGUGUGAUUGAAAACGCCAACGUCAUCAUGGCGACGUACGAAGAUGCACUGCUGGGGGAUGUGCAAGUGUACCCGGAGAAAGGAACGGUGGCUUUCUCCGCCGGUCUUCACGGAUGGGCGUUCACGCUGACGAAUUUCGCGAAGAUGUACGCCUCUAAGUUCAAUUUGGACGUCAAGAAGAUGAUGGAGAGGCUUUGGGGCGAGAACUACUUCGAUCCGACGACGAAGAAGUGGACGAAGAAGAACACGGGCUCGGCCAAAUGCCAGCGAGGGUUUGUCCAGUUCAUUUAUCAGCCGCUGAAGCAGAUUAUCUCGGCCUGCGUGAACGAUAAGAAGGAUUCGUUGUGGCCGAUGCUUACGAAGCUUGGGGUGCAGCUGAAGGCGGACGAGAAGGAGCUGAGCGGGAAGGCCUUGAUGAAGAGAGUGAUGCAGACGUGGCUGCCGGCGUCCGACGCGUUGUUGGAGAUGAUGAUUUUCCACUUGCCGUCCCCUGCCACGGCGCAGAGGUAUCGUGUGGAGAACCUGUACGAGGGUCCGCUGGACGAUAUGUACGCGAACGCCAUUAGGAACUGCGACCCAGAGGGCCCGCUCAUUCUGUACGUUUCGAAGAUGAUUCCCGCCUCGGACAAGGGACGAUUCUUCGCUUUCGGGCGUGUGUUUUCGGGCAAGGUGUGCACCGGCAUGAAGGUUAGGAUCAUGGGGCCGAACUACGUGCCCGGGCAGAAGAAAGAUCUUUUCGUGAAGAGCGUGCAGAGGACUGUUCUGUGGAUGGGAAGGAAGCAGGAGUCGGUCGAGGACGUGCCUUGCGGCAACAAUGUCGCGCUUGUCGGUCUCGAUCAGUUCAUCGUCAAGAACGCCACGUUGACAGGAGAGAAGGACGUCGACGCUCAUCCCAUCCGAGCGAUGAAGUUCUCCGUGUCGCCCGUUGUGCGUGUGGCCGUGGACUGCAAGGUCGCGUCGGACCUUCCCAAGCUCGUCGAAGGAUUGAAACGCUUGGCCAAAUCGGACCCUAUGGUUGUCGUCUCGACGGAGGAGUCCGGAGAGCAUAUCGUUGCAGGAGCAGGAGAACUCCAUCUGGAAAUUUGCCUCAAGGAUUUGCAGGACGACUUCAUGGGAGGGGCAGAGAUUAGGGUGUCCGACCCAGUGGUGUCUUUCCGGGAGACGGUUUUGGAGAAGUCCUGCCGCACAGUUAUGAGCAAGUCGCCCAACAAGCACAACCGGCUGUACUUCGAAGCGCGCCCGAUGGAAGAGGGUCUGGCUGAAGCCAUCGAUGAUGGCAAGAUUGGCCCCAAGGACGACCCCAAGGUGCGGUCCAAGAUUCUGGCGGAGGAGUUCAAGUGGGACAAGGAUCUUGCGAAGAAGAUUUGGUGCUUCGGACCUGAGACUACUGGGCCCAACAUGGUUGUCGAUAUGUGUAAGGGAGUGCAGUACCUGAAUGAAAUCAAGGACUCGGUCAUUGCAGGAUUCCAGUGGGCGUCGAAGGAAGGCGCGCUAGCGGACGAGAACAUGCGUGGUAUAUGCUUCGAAGUGUGUGACGUUGUCCUCCACGCUGACGCCAUCCACAGAGGCGGCGGGCAGGUUAUUCCAACCGCAAGGCGUGUCAUGUAUGCCGCGCAGCUCACGGCGAAGCCUCGUCUCUUGGAGCCUGUCUACCUCGUCGAAAUCCAGGCACCUGAGCAGGCUCUCGGCGGAAUCUAUGGUGUUCUCAAUCAGAAGAGAGGGCACGUGUUCGAGGAGAUGCAGCGCCCGGGCACGCCCUUGUACAACAUCAAGGCGUACCUGCCUGUCAUUGAGUCUUUCGGGUUCUCUAGCACUCUCCGCGCCGCCACCUCCGGCCAGGCCUUCCCUCAGUGUGUCUUCGACCACUGGGAGAUGAUGAACAGUGAUCCCAUGGACGGGACAACCCAAUCUGGUGCAAUUUUGCAGUCCAUCAGGAAGAGGAAAGGACUCAAGGAGCAGCCUACGCCCCUCUCCGAAUUCGAAGACAAGCUGUAAGCGGGAUAGAGUGCUGGAAACUGGAGAGCGGUCGAAGUGGGACGGGGAGGGUGUAUACAACCUCCUUGCACUAUUUUGAUGGUGGUCACGCUGCUUUUUCGUGCACAGUAGAUUAUUGUUGUACUCAGGCAUGCAGAUUGUUGAUAUUGAGAGUAUUGAUUGAUAGGAUGUCGAAAUGAGAGAUCAAAGAGGUAAAUAGACCGGAACAAAUUCGUGCGGCCCAACUUUUAGGGUGUUUGAUUUGCCUGUUGAGAUGUGAUGAUGCCGCGUUUUACCAGGAUAGGUCCGCUCCUAUAGCUCUGUAUUUUUGUGUGUAUGUGUGUUUGUCUCUCAGAGAGAGAGAGAGGUAUUUUUGUGUGUAUGUGUGUCUCUGUCAGAGGGAGAGAGAGAGAGAGAGAGAGAGAGAGAGGAAUGAGUUUUGAUAUUUGACGUUCCUGUUGAGAACUGCGGUUGCCGCGUUUGACCAGAGGGUUAGGAAGGGCACGAGCAUGCUCUGGUUUUACUGCGUCCUGACGAUUUAUUGAACUUCCUUGAAUUUGCUGCUUCCAUCACGAGUGCGUUUCAUCUUAAAAAUGCUUUUGUCGGUGUCUAAUUCUGAAAUGCC